AUGACUGCACGAAAAAACCUCAGACUCGAAGAAGUCACGCUUGAAGAUGUACCCGUUCUGACAGAGGUAUGGUUCGCAGCUUUUACCGAUCCUGGAAUCCGACGCAUCUGGCCUGAUACACCGGCGGUACGCAACUGGUGGACCGAAGGCAAUCGUCACGACUUGAUCCAUAAACCGUUUCAACGCUACGUCAAAGUCGUCGAUCCAGACUCUAAAGAUGCUAAUGGCCGUCCGCGCAUCGCGGCUUUCGCCAAGUGGGAUACUUCGAUGCCCCGCGAGCGGGGUCGACGAUAUCCACCAUGGACUCAGGAUCAGCCUGGUCAAGUCUGCGACGAUUUCAUCGCCAAGGAGGAAGCGGAAAGACUCCGCGUUAUGGGAGACCUGAAGCACUACUAUCUCGACACGUUGGUCACGCACCCUGACUAUCAACGCUGCGGAGCUGGCUCAAUGCUUAUGAACUUUGGCUGUGAUCUAGCAGACAAGGACGGAGUUGCAGCGUAUGUGGAUGCAAGCAAGUCUGGGGCCGGACUUUACAAACGUUUUGGGUUUGUGGAUGAGAGCUUACCCGGUUCUGGCGACAUCGCUUCCAUGGUUCGACGAUAA